GUGCGCGCCCCGCCCCCUCGAGCUGCGAUACGCCGAGGGCUCAACAUCCGAGGACUUUGGCCCAGAGUAACCCUGUUCGCGUGACCUUUCCCCUCCAUUCUGCACCUUGAGCGGCGGGCCCGGCGCGUCGGCUGCGGUUGGGCGCUUGUUCCGCUCCCUGGGGCCCCGCUCCUUCCGGAGCUUCGGCACACCCCCUCGCUGCCCCUCCGCGCAGCUCCCGUCAUGGCGGCUCUCAGCAAGUCCAUCCCUCAUAACUGCUACGAGAUCGGCCACACUUGGCACCCUUCCUGCGGGGUCUCUUUCGUGCAGAUCACCAGGGGCGCCCUGGAGGAGUCCCUGAAGAUCUACGCUCCCCUGUACUUGAUUGCAGCAAUUCUCCGGAAACGAAAAUUAGACUAUUAUUUACACAAACUACUCCCUGAGAUCCUACAAUCUGCUUCAUUUCUGACUGCUAAUGGGGCCUUGUAUAUGGCUUUCUUUUGCAUUUUAAGGAAGAUACUUGGAAAAUUCUACUCUUGGAGUCCUGGCUUUGGUGCCGCUUUGCCAGCAUCUUAUGUGGCCAUUCUAAUUGAAAGAAAAAGCAGGAGAGGGCUGCUCACAAUUUAUAUGGCCAAUUUGGCCACAGAAACACUAUUUAGAAUGGCAGUAGCAAGAGGAACCAUCACAACGUUAAGAAAUGGUGAGGUUCUUUUGUUCUGCAUCACAGCUGCCAUGUACAUGUUCUUUUUCAGGUGCAAAGAUGGUUUGAAAGGAUUUACAUUCUCUGCUCUUAGGUUUAUUGUAGGGAAGGAAGAAAUUCCCACACAUUCUUAUUCACCAGAAGCAGCAUAUGCAAAAGUGGAACAAAAGACAGAGAAACAUGAAGAAAAGCCAAGAAGUAUGAAUAUAAUCGCUGUAAUCAGGAAACUUGUGGAUUCAGUAUGUAAGCAUGGACCAAGGCAUAGAUGUUGCAAACACUAUGAAGAUAAUUGCAUCUCUUAUUGCAUUAAAGGUUUCAUCAGAAUGUUUAGCGUGGGAUACUUGAUCCAAUGCUGCCUCCGAAUUCCCUCUGCAUUCAGGCAUCUGUUUACACAGCCAUCCCGGCUAUUUUCUCUCUUCUACAAUAAAGAAAACUUCCAGCUUGGAGCUUUUCUGGGCUCUUUUGUUAGUAUAUACAAGGGUACUAGUUGCUUCCUGCGCUGGGUCAGAAACCUGGAUGAUGAGCUGCAUGCUAUUAUAGCUGGAUUUUUGGCAGGAGCAUCAAUGAUGUUUUAUAAAAGUACAACAAUUUCCAUGUAUUUAGCUUCCAAAUUGGUGGAGACAAUGUAUUUCAAAGGUAUUGAAGCAGGAAAGGUUCCCUAUUUUCCCCAUGCAGAUACGAUCAUCUAUUCCAUCUCUACAGCAAUUUGCUUCCAGGCAGCUGUCAUGGAAGUUCAGACCUUGAGGCCGUCCUACUGGAAGUUCCUUUUAAGGCUCACCAAGGGCAAAUUUGCUGUCAUGAACCGAAAAGUCCUUGAUGUUUUUGGUACUGGUGCAUCUAAACACUUUCAGGAUUUUAUCCCUAGGUUGGAUCCAAGAUAUACGACUGUAACACCAGAGUUGCCCAUCGAGUUUUCUUGAAGAUGACUGUAAUUUAUUAGUGUGACCUAAUGUUUCAUUAUUUUUUUCUGAAGAGUUAAUUAUGUUGAAUCACAAAGAAGGAGUCUUGAGUUUGAACUUCAGUGUUACUUCAAUGAGAGAUGCUCUUUGUUUGUUUUUCUUACCAAUCAGAAGUACAGAAGCUUUUUAAGAAGGUGUUGCUUAAUAAUUAAGCACCCUUCCAUAGCCAGAAUCUGAUUCUGCGUCGCUUUAGCGAUUGACAUGAUGCUAUAUUAUUGAUUAAGUUAUGUCCACAAGCAAUCUUAAAUAAUCUAUGUAGAAAUGUAGUAACAAAUAAGAGUAUACUUAAAUUACUUUAAAAGAUGUUUUUAGUUCAUUCCAAUAUAAUUCUUGGUUAAAACUAAGAAUAUUUCUAUGUUUUAGGAUACAAAGGAUCACGGGUACAUGGAUUUGGUUUUGUUUUUUUUUUAACUUUUGAAUUGGUAACCAUAGUUGUAAAAUGUAUGGAUAUGAAGUAACUCUUCACAGACAAUGCUGCUUUAGUAUAAAGCAAUUUAAUUGAAGAAAGUGGCCAUUCUUACUUCAGGGAUGCAAAGACGGGUCUUAUGCUGUUUGAAUAAAUGCCGUGGUAUCCAUGUCGUCUUCUACUGACACCUUCAUCUCUCUCCAUGAUGAGUUGGGCUGUCUGGCAGCCCAGUGAACCUGUGUACUAAUGGCAGGUUAGGAGUAAAUGGAAAUUGACAUACCUGAUACAGUUGAAAUGUAUGUUUUAGUCUUUUGCAGAAGCAUUACACUUGAAUAUUUAAAAGCAAAUGAAGUUGCUUUUAAACCUCUUGUGGGUUUGUGAUGUUUGUUUUCAUUUAUAAGGACUGAAUUCUUCAUGGCUAAAUUUGUUUGCCAUUGUAGAUUUAGAAGGGAUCAAAAGUAGUUUUGGCAAGUUUGUCGUUUUGUUCCACCUACACAAUGGCUAUUUACUACUACAAACAGUAUAAAAAUCUCAUAGUUGUUAAAAAGUUCAUUUCAUCACUAAUGGGAUGCAACUUGUUGUCACCAUUUUUAUUCCUGUUAGAAAAAAGAAGUGACAAAAUAUAGUCACUGUUGAUUAUGAGUUAGUUCAGGACAGCUGUGAUUGAAAUAUGAUUACUCUUUAGAGUUUUUCAGGGAAAGGUUAUACUUUUCUAAGUUAAUAAAAGGCUUAACUGGUUAUGACAUCUACAGUUAAUGUAACAAAAAGGGAUGAUGGUAUAUUUUUUUAAUAUCAUUCUGUUGCUGAAAAGCUUUGGGCCAUUGUAAAUUAAUUAUACAGUAGAAUUUGUGUUGCAGCAAGGAUUAUAACCCAGACUUUAAAAAUGCUUAAUCUUCCAUAUUCAAUUUCAUCAAGCCCUAUAUAUUUCUGUUUACACGUAAUCUUAUCCUUGGUUGUUAAUGGCAAAUUGAAAGCCAACAAAAAGGCACCAUGGUAACAGAGAGAGCCACUUUAAUUAGGUUAAAAUUCUGCAUUGUGAUUAACUUUUUGGAAUUGACUUGUCUAUUAGUACCGUUAAGGCAUCGUUUUGGUUUCAGACUUCAAAAUUCAUCAAUAAAUUAAGUUUUAAGUUUUUAUUCACUGGAAUCAAAAUGACAAUUGGUACUGUGUUUACUUUUAAAAAUGAAGUAUAGCAGUGAAGAAAGCACUGUUCCUGAACCUCAUUUUCUUUAUCUAAAAACUAUGUUUAUAAUAUUUUUCCUGCCUGCUUAAGAGAAAAACACUUUAAUUCAUCAGUUAUUGUUUUCAUUAACAUUAAAAAGGCUAUGAUGUUGAAAGACAAAUCCUACUGAAAUUUGAUGAGAUUGUUGAGUAAAAUUUUACUGUCAAAA